AUGGUGUUGAAAGGCCGAGAAAAGGAGUAUAAACUCAUUAGCGACUUGAUAUCAACUUCGUUUGAAGAACGCCAUCCACAGUCUAUUAUGGUCCGUGGUGUUCCAGGCAGCGGGAAAACUGCAACUAUUAGAUUAGUUGUAAAUGAUCUGAAAGAAAAAUUGAACGUAGGUUUAUUUUCAUCAUUCAGCUUUAUGUUCUGUGGUCGAAAACGCGAAGUUUUUGUCAUUUUUGUUAAAAUACUUGAGUUAAUUUUCUAUUCAUUCUUAUGCUUACAAAAAUAUUUGUUAAAGUUUGUACCCGCAUACAUAAAUUGUGCCUCAAUAACAACAAAAUCGGAUUUCUUUCGAAGGAUUUAUUACGUUAUCACUAAAAAUGAUACUGUUUUAACUGCUUCAGAAGCUGCAAAGAAGACGGAAAAGGUGCUUUUCUCACAAAGAACGUAAGGGUUUUUAUUUAAAGUUCAACAUUCUGUUUUUAGUGUUCUCGUAUUGGAUGAGAUCGACUUUCUCACGAAACUCGAUUCGUCCCGAACUAGCCUGGCCAAUAGUAUAAUUAAGAAGAUCUUUGAUUGGCCAUUGAAUAGUGGAGGCAAAGUUGUCGUUGUCGGAAUUUCGAAUGAACUCGAUUUUUCGGAAAAGGUGUUACCUAAAAAACGGGUAAUGCUGCCCGACGUCGUAUUGUUUAAUGCAUAUAGUGUUGAGCAGUUGAUUGAUAUUUUGAUGGAAUACGUCCGUAAAGACGAGGUAAGUAACUAUAAGUUUUUCUGCUAAAGUCUUUCUUCGUAUUCAGAAUCUAGCAACUGCCGAAGCAGUCAAGUUAUGUGCCCGUAAGAUCUCUGCAAUGAAUGGGGAUGUCCGAAGAGCCUUCAGUUUGCUCUCGUAAGAUUACCGAUUGUCCUUUUGCAAAUUAAAGUUUAUUUGCAGGUCUCAAACCGAAUUCAUAGAAGAAGAAAUGGAGGAAGAACCUGCGUUAAAACGACCGAAGACGGUCGGACUCUCGACUCCCUGCAAAUCCCGGCCUUCCACAUCCACCCAAUCUUCUCCUACUCGCACUCCCAAGACCCACAAGGAUAUUUUGUUGUCAUUACAAAACAUUUAUUCUUCUCCUGCUGUCUCAGCGAAGAUCCCGCUUCAUCCUAGAAUCGUUUUGGCAUCUAUUAUCAAAUUAAUGGAGUCCGAAAACUCGAGCAAGAAAGUUCAAACAGUUAGCUUUGCAAAGCUCCAUGAAUUGUAUGACAAAGUGUGCAAGAAGAUGAGGAUUGAGCCAUUAAACCACGAGGCUCUAAGAGACGCCGUUUCAACCUUGGUCAACACUUCGAUACUUUCUUUGAAGAAAGAUAAGAUCUGCAUGGAAGUUGACGUUGAUUGUGCCAGGAAGAAGAUUCAAGACGAUGAACUCAUAAACUCAGUCGGAUCUAUUGGAAAUUAA